AUGGAAGGGGCAGCCGAAGAUCGUGAGAUUGAAAUGACGUUAAAAGAAGAUCUUGCGUCGGAACAAGCGGCCAAACAAGCUCGAUUGAAAGAAGAAAUGGAGCAAGCGCGUCUGAGUGCAUUGAACCAUGGAACCGAGAAAAACUAUACGCGGGUAUGGAUUUCCGAACAGCCAGUUGGAACCCAACAGUUCCCCCCAUCGACCAAGUGGGCAUACGAUUCGCCACAUCCGUUUUGA